CCCGAGCCUCACCGCCAGUAUACGGCGCGGGGACCGCGCUCGGAGGCCGGGCGCUGGGCCCGUGCUCCCCCGGAAGCGGCUGGCUUGCUGGGCGGUGAGAGCCGCAGGGAAGGUCGGGGCCGGUUCGGCGGCAGCGGCUGGGCCAUGGGCUGCAGCCCCGGUGGUACACUACAGGGAGAGGCCGGUGGAGGCUGUGCGGAUUGGGGAGUGGAGUGAGGCCUGCGAGAUGUGGCAGCAGGCGAACCCGGCUGUGCCUGCGCUGGGCAGCAGGGGCGAGGAGAUCGGCGAGCUGAUCGAGCAUUUCUCCAAACACCAGUACCGAGCCAAGGAGGCCAACCCCAAGGUGGAGAAGAUUGAGAAUCGCUGCCUGGAAUUGUUCAGGAAGGACUACGUUUUCAGUGUGAUUCAGAACCCAAAUGGAGAGCUUUGUGGACAUUACCCCCGCCAGAUCAUCUUUAUGGAGUAUGCAAGCACAGAUGGUGACAAGGACAGGUUUGAGAGCACAGUUCAAACAAGCAAACUGCAGGACUUUGUGAGUCGUAGUAAGAUGGCACGAUGUCGUAGUCGUUUUGUCUGCCCGGUCAUUUUGUACCAAGGAAAGCAUAUUUGUCGGUCGGCAACUCUGGCUGGUUGGGGGGAACUAUAUGGACGCAGUGGAUACAAUUAUUUAUUCUCAGGAGGAUCUGAUGAUGCAGGAGCAGAGUCUGAUGAAGUGCCUGAUGAUUAUGCAGUACGGAAUGGUGAUUCCCAGCUAUUUGAUAAGGUCCGAGGUCAUGACAUAAAGCUGCUGCGCUAUCUUUCUGUUCAUUACAUCUGUGAUCUGAUGGUGGAGAAGAAGAAAGUGAAGUUUGGGUUGAAUGUGACCUCAUCCGAGAAGGUGGACAAAGCCCAGAGAUAUGCAGAUUUUACCUUGUUAUCUAUACCUUACCCAGGCUGCGAAUUUUUUAAGGACUACAAGGAUUGUGAUUACACAGCUGAGGGGCUGGUAUUCAACUGGAACCAGGAUUUUGUUGAUGCGCCGUUGAAUAUCCCCCCUUCUCUGACUGAGAAUCUGAACAUUGACUGGAAGGAUUAUCAGUCCUGGGACCUUGUGCAACAGACACAGAAUUACCUGAAGCUGCUUAUUCAUACAGUAAAUCGAGAUGAAGACAGUGGUUUAUUAGUGCACUGUAUUUCUGGCUGGGAUCGAACUCCACUCUUUAUCUCGCUUCUUCGUCUGUCACUGUGGGCUGAUGGACUUGUUCACACUUGUCUGGAGCCUGUGGAAAUCCUUUAUCUAACCAUUGCUUAUGAUUGGUUCCUUUUUGGGCAUAUGUUGUCCGACAGGCUCAGUAAAGGGGAGGAGAUUUUCUUCUUCUGCUUCAAUUUUUUGAAGCACAUCACCUCGGAAGAGUUCUCUGCGGCAAAGAAGUUCAGAAGGAAGACCACGCAUUCUAAAGAAGCUGAGUUUCCUAUGGAAGAUCUCUGUCUACUAGCACAUACAGACCGAGGAAGUACUACCAGUCUGAGUAGCGAUUUCUCUGUCAUCAUGGAGGAGUCUCCCACUACUACAGGGACUUUCAACUAUGAGGCAGUGGAAAUGACAGCAGGCCCAGCAACACAGGUGGCUUGGAGAAGAGGCCGAACGUCAUCACCACAGACUGUUGCGUGGAAUAAACCUCACUUGCCUAACCAACUAGAAGACCGGUUCUUGCAACCUGGUAUAUCUGAAGCUAGGCCAUCAUUCUACCAAUCAGAAAAUAAUUUUCUGAGAACAGGAAGUAGUAGUCCCUUGGCUGUUCCUGAAAGAAGCUCCACAGAGUAUUCCCAUUCAUCAUCCUCUUCCACGGAUUAUGGCAGCUGGCAGAUCGUGUCUGGCUGUGGCAGUAUUCAUGACCAGGCCGUAGUUACCAAUGACUCACCCCUCCCCUUCAACUUGCAAGAUGAUGGAGCCAAUGGGAGACUCCAUCCACAUACCCCAGAGCGCAAGACUAAGCUGGAGGAAGUCCGAGCCAUAUUCUUGUCUGCAUACAGUGCAACUGUGGGCCUCAGAUCUGUAUCAUCCAGCCCUUCAUCAGCCAUUGGUGGACUUCUGGAGCAGUUUGCACGUGGAGUCGGACUGAGAGGCACAAACAGCAUUGUCUGACACAGCUGACAUUUUUUUUUUAAAAAGUGUGGAUCACUGUGCAGAUUUAACUGUGACAUUGCCAAAGAUGGACUUGUGAAUUUGUUUUUCAACUUGAUGAUCUACUUCAUUUUAUGACCUUAGAUUGUGUUUACUUGUUAUAAAACUUUAUUUUCUGCCCUGAAACUUAUUUCUGGAAGGUGGAGAGACGGUCACCACCCUCCUCCCACCCCACUCCUCCACAGCACCACCCCCCCACCCCCCUUUACAAACAUCCAAAUGCUGGUGAAAGAAUGUGAGAAAACUAGGUUCAGCCUUUGGGUCUGGACUACUUAUUUUUGAAAUACCCUUGUCCUCAUUGCAUCUAUGUUGGAGAACUUUAAAAACAUGUUGUCAUGAAUGAAUAUUAUUUGCCAGCUAAAAGUCCUAUAUUAAGAGGCAUGUGGGUCAAUCAAAAGUCAUGGUGAACAUGUCCGGUGACAUUUUUAACUCAUUCAAAAAUUGUAGCUUUGAAUCUUUUAAAAAAUGUUAGCAUUGUUAACAUACUCUGGUCUAUUGUUAACCUGAUCGUACAGAGGAAUUUUGAUUUGCCACUUUAAGGCUACUUCUCAAGAUAGUUAGGUGUGGCGAAAUUAGUGUAUUGGUCUCUUUUUAAAGAAGGAAUUAGUACCCAAAUAGGGUUGUUUAAAUUUUAGCAACAUUUCAAUACAGUUUACAUUAUUAACCUCAAGCAUCUGGCACCCAGUGGCUCAUUAAUUUCAUCGUUAUAAGUGCAGGCUUUAUUAUGGCAUACUCACUUCCACAUAUUGGAAUAGUGUGCCGCGCAUGGGUUGUAAUCCUAAUAAAGCUAACUUAUAGAGGGGAGGGAGAGGGAAGUACUCAAAUCACAUCUCUGGAAAACAUCUGUUUGAUUAAAUUGUGUGGCAACUAGCUGAUUGAAACCAAGCAGGCAAGUUAUGCGGUGAGUCCAGGAACUAACCAUGCUUUGAUUUUUGCUAGAUUAACUAUAGUGGUAGCACAGUGGUAAGAUUGUUAAUAGUAAAUGACUCGGCUUCAGUAAGAUUCUGCUAGGUUCUAACAACUUGUCCAACCAAUGAAUGAAUUGGUUUGAAAAUGUCUGUCAACUUAAGUAAGAAAACAGUAGUAAGAUAGUAUGUUGUCAUUAGCAGAUCUAAUUUAAUUCAGCUUUCGACUCAUUUUCUAAAGAUUUAAGAUUGUUUCUAUUUUUUUAAUCCUACACUUAACCUGCUUAAGAAACUUGGAUGAUAUUUUUGUAACACUUUUCUUUUUAAAAAAAUAGUCUAUUUAUUUUAAAUGUAGUUUAAUUCCGGUUAGGAUAAUCUAUUUCCUCUUGUAAAGUGGAACUUGUCUUCUCUGGGUUCUGUUGUAUAAUUCAGCUAUUCAAAUUUUACAACAUCUAUUUUUAAGUUGCUUUAAGGAAAAAAUGCUGCCUUUGAGGAUUGAGCGAAGGGGAAGCUGUGUGUUACAUCACUUGAAUUAGAUCUUUGGAGUUUUUUUGUUUAAAUUUCAUGCUAUAAUUGUUCAUAAAAGGAAGAUGAUCCAACAGUUAAGUGGUAAAUGACCUUCUUAAUGUUUCAGUCAAGCUGUUGACUGUAGAAUCAAUGUUAAACUUUUGCAUGUAAGAGCAUAAAAAAGUAAAUAAUGAGAAAAGGCCACAAAGCCCAUCAAAAUUCACUCCUCCAGUGCCUCAGUGCCCCCAUUAUGCUCCAGAUUCUCUUUGAAUCCCUUAUUUUGUUUCUUUAUACUACCCAGCAAACCUAUCCAAACAUUUAUCACUGAAUAAAGAAUAGCUACCUAAUUGUUUUAAGUUUGCCUUUUGCUAGUUUAAAUUCAUGUCUUCUGGCUCUACCCAAUAGGCUUAAUGUGAAGAAUUAUUCUGUGUUUGCCUUAUCUGUGACAUUUAAACAUUGCAAGGGUCUCCUCUCCUUCCUUUAUCAUUAGUUUUCUGGAGUCACUUUUAAGAUUAGAAUAGGUUUUCAUUUGUUGUAUAAUAAAGACUGUGAGGAAGCUGCCGUAACCCCUGUAAAGAAAUAAAACAAGUUAAUGUUUUGAGUUUAAAUCUUUCAAUUCUGACCCAGUAUACCUAAAUGUUAACUGUUUUUCAUCUCUUCAGCUGCUGACCAACCUGUUGUGCAUUUCCAACAUUUUCUGUUUUUAAUUUCAAAUUUCCAGAACUUAAUUCUUUGAAGAAAAUCCUCCCUGCAGUUCUUGUAUAUACUUGCAACUCUGCUCUUACCCUCCCUCACUGGCCAUAAACUUAAACAGUACAUUGUAUGGCACAUGGUAGUACUUUAUUUUUAGUAACUAUUGAUAGGCCAGUUUAAAAAGAUCAUGGUUGGUGAGUUUAAAAAAAAGGUUAGGCUGAAGCGUUUAAUGAGUUAGAUGGUGUGAAUUGGGAUUCAUCUGCUUUUUAAGUAUGUGCAUUACAUAUUUAGAUUGUUUCAUUAUGCAUGUUCAUUAGCAUGUUUCAUUAUGUUGGUUUUAUACAUGGACAACAAUUACCAUGCCCAGCAAAAAUCUUCUCCAUAUUAGUGCAUUAAAGAUCCGUAAGCAUUUUUUUCAGUUUUUAAAUCGGAGAUUUAACAAAUAUAUGUUGACCAAUGUAGGCUGUAAUCCUUUGAUAAAUAUUUAGGUGUUUAGCUGCAUCUAUUCUAAGCCCCCAAACCCCACUAUUAUGUUCACUUUAAUAUUAUUUGCACUAAUGUUUUGAUUGUUAACCUGUACAACUUGUAUCAGUGUUAUGGCACCAGCUCUCUUUUGAGUAACAGACCAUUUACACUUGGUGCUUUCUUAUGCUGCAUUUAAAGAUUAAUCCCUGGAAGGUGCUUUGUGGCCUCCUGAUCUAUCUGUUUUUAAAGGAUAUGUUGGCUUAUUAAAAUGAAGUUUUUCUAAUCAGUGUUUACAAUCAGAGCUUUCUGAAGUUUGGUCGUGUUUUACUUGGAUAACAUGGGAUUGUAGCGAACACUGGGAAUCCCUCUAGUUGUAGUAUCCCCACUUCCCAAAAGUGUAUGAACUAUUAGUCAUAAAAAUCCUCUUCUACUUAUUCGUUUAUCUAAGGUUAAUUCUCUAAGACUUUGUUUUUGGUUAAAUUCUUCCUUGUCCAGUUAGAUGUGUGUGUUUCCUUGAAUGAUGUCAAGUGCAUUCCAUUUCUUAAUGGUGCAAGCAAUCAUUUAAAAAGUUGCUCCUUUGUUGUGAGCUAAAGAUGCGUUUGUUAGGUUUAAGUUCAGGAAAUUUGAUAUUUUUUCCCUUGAAAUUAUGAUUUGUGCCAUCAGUGCCUGGCUUGUAGUGCAAUAGGGCUAGGAAAUUGCUGCCUUUUUGAGUUGCCAAAAUUACAUUGGGAUUGAUUUAUAUGUAAAAUGAGAUUCAUUGAUGAGAGAUCUGGUGUGUUGUUGGAGUGAGAGAUUCCCGUCAACCAGAAGAAUUCCAAGCACUAGAGUUGGUCUCGUACCUUUUACACACUGAUAGUGCAGGGAUGGAUCUGAUCUAUGCUGGGUGAGAAAAAGGGGCAGUAAAAAAUUUUAAUUGGAUCUGAGGUUGGCUAAAGAGAGCUUAAUGUUGUUGAGCAAUGACACACCAAGCUACCAACAAGCACUUAAGAAUUUGUAAAAAUCUGUUUGGUAGGAAGACAAAUAUCAUGCUUAAGAGUGACUAUCUCAUUAAAACUUUAAUCUUUUUCUCAUGGUUUAAAAACCUUAAACUGCAAUAGCACAUUUGAUUUCUUUUUAAUCCAACCUUGCAAACAGUAAUUUACUAACAGGCAAAAACUGCUGCUGAAAAUUGUUUCAUAAAUUGAAGCCACCAUUCUGGAAUAUUAUCAUCCAAAUAUGAGAAGUAUAUUUUCUCGCCCUGUGUAGAUCUCAAGUAACAUUUAGUGUGGCCUGUUUUGUGCCAGCAAUUUUGCCAGUUACCAAUAAACAUUUUUUUUUUACCCCUUAGAACAAGUAACCUGAUUCCACAAGCAGUUAUCUGCACAACAGACGCAGCAUCUGCUGCAGUGGUGCUAUAAGAAUCAAGUAUCUGGAAGCCAAUUGUUCCAAAAAAAAAACUCAAAUGCUCCUUAAAAUCUACAGUCUUGCAAAUAAAUCACAAUUCUUGUCAACUCUUUCAAAAUACUCUUUCAAAAAAUAGAGCAUGAUAUCUCAAAAAGGUAUUUGUCUAAAUCUUGUAAGUUAUCAAUGAAAAUUGUUUUGAAACAUGUUAAAUAAAAUUAGUGUUGGAAUGCUAGGCUCAAAGUGUAUCUUAAAAUCCCUAGCUGUACAUUGCUAAUGUAAUCACUUUUAUUUUAAAAAUGAUUAGAAUCAGAAUUAGUUUAUUAAAGAAAAUCAUGUUUUGUAGGACAUAUAAAGGUAUGGCAGCCUGAAUGGUAGAGUAACAAUCCCUGUUUCUCUCUCAUAUUGAGAUCAUGUAUGUUGCUACUGUUGCUUUCUUUUCUUGAAGGCAAUGGUGAGGGAUAUGAAAUUAAUUUAGGAAACACAUUUGUGUGUUAUUAACUCCUUUCCUUGCAACGUUUAUCUAUUUCCCCAUCCUUUUUCAAGCCAAGAAGACAAGGAUGCUCUGAAUCAUGAUGGCCAUUUAACUGAACAAACUCAUGAAAGGUGAUCUGGAGCACCUUCAAGAUUCUACCCUAUUUUUAUGUUGAGUGUUUAUCAAUGGGCUGAAGGCCUGGAUUUUGUUUGAAUCACUAACCCCAGUGAAUUGUACAGUUUCAAUUUUCCUAUCAUCAGUUUUACUAAUCCUGUGCAAAAGUUGCGAGUAUCCAGUAAGAGAUUAAUGACUUGUCCAUCUUAUUUGUGGUCACAUGUAUAUUGCUGAGCUGAGGCCUUAUGUUUCACUUUUUGCCAGAUCAUUUACCUAUCCUGAGCAACCUUAACAGAAUAAUAUUGAGGUAGUUUGUAUGUUGCAGGGACUCCUUUAAAGAACCUGGUUUAUGGAAUAAUCUGUACCCUUAAAGUGAAAAAGAUAUUACUUAAAUUUUCAUAGGUUACUGUUCCAUGAAGUGCAAAAUCUUGUGAUAUGGUAAAUGACUCUAAUGGUUCUUCAGGACUACUUGAACUUGUUCCAGGCAGUACUCUCUGCAUGUGUAUAAAGUAUUUCAACUUAGUUAUAAAUAAUAAACUUCUAAUCUUGA